GAUCCUCCUGCCUCUGCCUCCCAAGUGCUAGGACUAAAGGUGUGUGCCACCACCACCUAGCUGAUUUGAAAGAUUUUUACAUUUCAAUGCAGGAAACUUCUAAAACACACACCAAAAAAGGCAUGAAGCAAAACAGCAGUUGUAUUCUCAUCACAAUAGUCACACACAGUGUUUCAAACAUGUCUUGAUAUAUUUAUGAAAAAAACCAUGUUAAAGAAGAAGCAUUCAGUUCUAGUCAUGAGAAUUUGCUAUAUCCCAUGGGUACAGACACAGCUUAGAGGAUGAACUGACAUGCCCAUUGUGAAGAUAAUGAGACAAGAAGGCUGUGCCUAGAGGGGAGUUUUCCUGUUUGUUCGCUGUUUGCCUCUACAACAUCCUAUUGUUGAUGUCUCAAUGGCUGUUGACCUACCACAUAAUUACCAAGUGCUGUAGAAGUCUUCAGUAUGCCCUUACCAUGCGAUCAUGUGCAUGUUCACCUCUAAAGCACUUUAACAGUAUUAUAAAUUAAACAUUGCUCUUUUGUGCUCUUUAUGCUGUGCAUCUGGACAGAGGUCAGAACUGCAGCAGAUCCGAGAAAACAUUCUUGGCCAAAAUCUCGGGGAAGCUACUGCCACUUUGUCCUAUACAAGGAAAACAAAGACACCAUGGAUGCCAUCAAUGUAUUGUCCAAAUAUUUACGAGUAAAACCAAACAUAUUUUCCUAUAUGGGAACCAAAGACAAAAGGGCCAUCACAGUGCAGGAGAUUGCUGUCCUCAAAAUAAGUGCACUGGGUCUGGAGAGAUGGCUCAGUGAUUAAGAGCAC